UGGGUGGAGCAGGGCAGUGCCCAGGAUUGUUUAAUAGACUUCAAACACAGACCUUCUGUCUUCUCCCUCCAGCCACCAUGCCUAUCACUCGGAUGCGAAUGAGACCCUGGCUAGAGAUGCAGAUUAAUUCCAAUCAAAUUCCAGGGCUGAUCUGGAUUAAUAAAGAAGAGAUGAUCUUCCAGAUCCCAUGGAAGCAUGCUGCCAAGCACGGCUGGGACAUCAACAAGGAUGCCUGUCUGUUCCGGAGCUGGGCCAUUCACACAGGCCGAUACAAAAUAGGGGAAAAAGAACCAGAUCCCAAGACGUGGAAGGCAAAUUUCCGUUGUGCCAUGAACUCCCUGCCAGACAUUGAGGAAGUGAAGGACCAGAGCAGGAACAAGGGCAGCUCGGCUGUACGAGUGUACCGGAUGCUGCCACCCCUCACUAAGAACCAGAGGAAAGAGAGAAAAACCAAGCCCAGCCGAGACACUAAGAGCAAGGCCAAGAGGAAGCUAUACGGAGAUGCUAGUCCUGACACCUCCGAUGGACUCAGCAGCUCCACUCUGCCUGAUGACCACAGCAGCUAUACCACUCAGAGCUACCUGGGUCAGGACUUGGACUUGGAGCAGGACCUUACCCCAGCUCUGUCACCAUGUGUUGUCAGCAGCAGUCUCCCUGAGUGGCACAUGCAGAUGGACAUUGUGCCAGACAGUACCAACGAUCUGUAGUGGAUGGCAAGGGAUACUUGCUCAAUGAACCAGGAGCCCAACCCUCUUCUGUCUAUGGAGAGUUUAGCUGCAAGGAGGAACCAGAGAUUGACAGCCCUGGAGGGGACUUUGGAAUGGGCAUACAACAUGUCUUCACGGAUCUGAAGAAUAUGGACUCCAUCUGGAUGGACACCUUGCUGCCCCCCACUGUCUCCCUAUCCUCUAUUCAAGCUAUUCCUUGUGGACCAUAGUUUGGGUCCCUGACCCGUUCUUGCUCUUCUGAAUGAGCAAGGUCUGGUGUCAUGGUGGCUGUAAUACAGAAAAGCUAGACUGCUGUGGGUCCCUUGACAUGGCAAAGCAUAGCCCCACUGCCAAGCGGGAAGAGACCACCCUCCUUGGGUCAGUGGACUCUCAGGGCUUGGAAUGCCAGGAUCUGAGUUUUUCUUGUGAGGUGAAGCUGGCCCUGACUCCUGGGAAGAUGGAGUUGGGGUUCUGAGGUUGCUGUGAGGUGGGAGACAGGGACAGGAGUCAUCCUCUAGCUCUUUAAAGCCUUGCUGCCUGGAGAGGGUCUUGUCACUGGGCUGGCUGUGCACUGGGAGACAAUUGCACUAAGUGAGUCCUAUUCCCAAAGAAUUGCUGCCCUUCCCAGCCGAGCCCUGGGAUGGUUUCAAAGCCAGUGAAAUGUGAAGGAAAAAAAUGGAGUCCUGUGAGGCUGGGCUCCCUUAGCCUCAGAGGAGCUCUGCCUCGCUACCUGCUCUCCAGCUGUAGGGCUCAGGAAAAAAAAAAUGGCACUUUCUCUGUGGACCUUGCCACAUAACUGAUCAGAGGUGUACACUAACAUUUCUCCCCAAGUCUUGGCCUUCUCGUUUAUUUAUACAGUGCCUUGCCUGGUGCCCACUGUCUCCUCAGGCCUUGGCAGUCCUCAGCAGGCCCAGGGAGGGGGUUGUGAGCGAUUUGGCGUGACUUUGACUAUUGGAAACGCCACCUAACUACUAAAUUGUGUUUGAUCACAUAUGGAUCUGUGUAAAUAUGUAUAUUUGUCUUUUUAUAAAGUUAAUUGUUUACAAGG